AUGGCUACAUCGAAUAGAUCUAGUGUUGCUCUCCCGGAGUCCUUUUCUGACGGGGAUAUUGAGUUUUGGUUGCGUAAAUAUGAGCUUUGCUCCGAGGCAAAUGAGUGGAAAGAGGAUAUUAUGUUGAAACGCUUGCCUACUCUUCAAUGUGGAAAAGCAUUCGCCGUGUUUGAACGACUUGAAGGAGAACAGAAAGCGUCGUUUAAGAAUGUGCGUGAAGCGCUCGUUGCCGCUUUCAGAGGAGAUGCGACCGGGAUGCAUAUAGCAAUGAUGGAAUUUCGCAAACGAGAGCGUAAACCUGAGGAGGAUAUUCAAGUCUUCGCGUACAAUUUGGAGUCAUUACUAAGACGCGCAAUGCCUAAACUGGGCGCAAACGAACGUGAUAUUCUGCUGAAACAACAAUUUAUCGAAGGGAUAAAUCCUGCGUUAAAGAAAGAACUUUUACAGCAGCCGAAAAUUUCCUAUGGCGAAACGGUGUCGGCGGCGCAACAGCUAGAUUUGGCCAUUAAAUUUUCGUCAAACGACAGCGUAAGCCAUAUCAACCAAACUACCGCAAGCUCGACCGCAAGUAGAUAUCAACCUGAAUCGCA